GCCCCAGAUGCUGCUGGAGGAUCUGGAGGGGACUUCAGCAGAGCCCUGGUCCCUCCUCCACAAUGUGGCUUCUCCUCACCUUCUCCUUCCUGCUGAUGUCUGCAGGUGAGCGGGGCCAGGACGGCAGUGACAAGAUACCAAGAGGUGAGGCGUGUGCACCCCACUCCCAGCCCUGGCAAGUGGCCCUCUUCGAGCGUGGACGUUUUAACUGCGGUGCUUCCCUCAUCUCCCCACGCUGGGUGCUGUCUGCAGCCCACUGCCAAACCCGCUCCAUGCGAGUGCGGCUGGGCGAGCACAAUCUGCGCAAGCGCGAGGGCCCAGAGCAACUGCGGGCCGUUUCGCGCGUCAUCCCACAUCCGGGCUACGCAGCGCGCGGCCAUCUCCAUGACGUAAUGUUGCUGCGACUGAGCCGGCCCGCGCUCCUCUCCCCGGAAGUGCGCCCCGUGGCGCUGCCCACGCGCUGCCCCCAAGUUGGAGAGACCUGCGUGGUGUCCGGCUGGGGCCUGGUGUCUGGCAGCGAGUCGAGGACCACGGGGAGCCCAGAGUCACAAGUGAGUCUCCCAGAUAAGUUGCAUUGUGCCAACAUCAGCAUUAUCUCGGCCGCGUCUUGUAGCAAGGACUACCCGGGGUGCCUGAUGGACACCAUGGUGUGUGCAGGCGUGGAGGGCGGAGGCACGAACUCCUGUGAGGGUGACUCCGGGGGACCCCUGGUCUGUGGGGGCGUCCUACAGGGCAUUGUGUCCUGGGGUGACGUCCCCUGUGACACCACCACCAAGCCUGGUGUCUAUACUAAAGUCUGCCGCUACUUGGAGUGGAUCAGGGAAACGGUGAAGAGGAACUGACUGUUUUGGCCUACCACCUGUGUCUCCGACUGAGCAGAAGCUCCCAUGGCUGGCCAGCAGCCCCCCCGUCCUGACCUGGGACAGAAUUGAGCCAUCCCCCAAGACCCCAUUUGUCCAAGGCCCAGAUGUUAGCCAAGGACUUGUCCCUCUGAGGCCAGAGCUGGUGCUCUAGGUCACCUGUUUAACACCAAGAUAACAGAGCGCUGAUGCAAGUUUCUCUGUAGAACUUUCUGUGACUUUCUUCUGGGGAUGGAGUGAAAUGGAAGCCAGACACUGUCCACGGUUCCUUGUC